AUGCCUCCGGAGAUAUCAAGCCAGCAACACUUGGAGGCGAGUAGUCAUUUAACGACGGAGGCAGACUCUCCCUCUGAACCAGCUACAUCACCUACCCUGACGACGCAACAGUGGAUGCAAGUUUUGAAUGCCUUUGUAGUAUUCCUGAACACAUGGGGCCUUCUUCUUGCAUUUGGAGUCUUCCAAACAUAUUGGGAACAGGUGCAGUUCCCGGACAGAUCCAGCUCUGAGAUAUCCUGGAUUUCAACCGUCAGCGGCUUCCUGCUGUUAUUUAGCGGCAUCAUAACCGGCCCUCUCUUCGAUUACGGCUAUUUCCGGUCGUUGGUCGUGGCAGGCAGCCUGUUAGAGGUUUUCGGGUUAAUGAUGAUCAGCCUUUCGACAAAAUACUACCAGGUCUUUCUUUCUCAGGGUAUCUGCAUUGGUCUGGGCGGGGGCAUGCUCUACGUUCCCAGCAUUGCUGCCGCGACCGCGAGCUUACAAGAGUUUCGCCGCGCCAAAUUUAUAGGGCUCAUUGCGUCCGCCACUGGCAUAGGCGGCGUGAUCUACCCGAUCAUGUUCCGCCAACUCUUGUCCAGCGUAGGAUUCCCCUGGGCAGUCCGCAGCAUUGCCUUUGUCGUUUUCGCAACCUAUCUCUUAUCCUGGGCUAUUUUACCCUACAAGACUGUCCAGAACACUACCAUCCGACAAUGGUUCGAUCGUUCAGCGCUUACCGAGCCUCCAUUCGUCCUAGCCAUUAUCUCCGCCUUUCUUGCCGGCGUCGCCUACUAUCUCCCAUUAAUCUACCUCCCUUUGUUCGCCGAAACUGCCAUCCUAGCCCUUCACAACACAGACCUACCCUUCUAUCUCAUCUCUAUCGUGAACGGGGCGUCUGUCUUUGGCCGUCUCUUCGCCGGGCUCCUCGCAGUGAGAAUUGGACCAUUCGAAACAUGCACUGCAGGUCUAGCUGCCAGCGCCUGUCUGCUCUUCUGCUGGGUUGCAGUGAGUUCAAAGGUGGGUGUCAUCGUCUGGUCUGUCUUCUGGGGCCUCACAUCCAGCAUCAUUGUAUCGAUGCCCGGAGCGAUGCUUCCGUUGCUUUGCGCGUCGUUUUCGGUAUUGGGGGCAAGGACGGGGAUGUACUGGGCUAGCGUUGGGCUGGGGGUUUUGUUUGGGGGGCCUAUUGGGGGGGCGUUGGUGGGUAAUAUGACGGACGAGUCGGACUGGCUACCUUUGCAGAUCUUCGCGGCUUGUUGCAUGGCCCUUGGGGCGGUUUUUCUUGUUUAUCCACUUGUACAUGUCCGACAACAAAGGGCUAUAUAG